GUUAAGUCUGAUUUUGAAUUAAAAUAGCAUGAAAAUAGACGCUCUUGUCUUGAAAGUGUUUUAAAUGAAUAAUUUGAUGCUAAGGCAUUACUUUUGGUUUUGUACAAACAAUUUUGUUUUAAAGAGUGACCUAGAUUUACAGUGACUUGUAUAUAAAUUAUUAUUGACUCCUAAAAAUGUCCGACAGCGAAGAUGAUAAUAUAUUCCCAAACAAUGUUAUUACAUUUCAGAAUGGAAACACAACUAUUAGUGCGCGAGGGCCUGGUAUAAACAAAAGUAAUAUGACAGGAUUAAGUUUUCGGAGUAACGUUUUAACUUCUACGUUAAAUAUGGGCGGGAAUACCCACCGCCACCGUUUUGGCAAUCCACAAUAUGAUCAACGAAGUUUGUACCAUGGAAGAGAAACUUCACCAAUGUCCAUGAGAAGCGAUUUAGGACCACGAAAUUUUCAUAACUCAUAUUAUCCGCGAGCUAUGAGUUCACAGAGGUCCCUUAUUAAUGGAAGAAGUGGAUCACCACUUUCCGUUAGAAGUAUAGAUACAACUACAAGUGUUAGUGCUGUGGAUAUUGCAAAUGCAUUUAAAUACAUGAAAUUUAAUAACCAUGAAUUAAGAAUUAUUAAAGAUGCUUACCAAAAAUUAAUGAGAAAUAAAGUAAGGAAAAGAAUUGAAAAACGAAGAAAUUUGAAAUUAUUUCUCAGAGGUGUAAGAAGAAAAUCUGGAUAUGAUUCGGGAGAACAGGGAAGUGAUUCAUCACUUAGCAGUGAUGAUGGUCGAUCUGUUAAAACUAGCGUGUCUUAUAGAAAUGCAUUUCCUAUACAACAAUUAAAUAGAAUUGAUGAGUCUUUGCUACGGACAUCAUUAAAAGAAACUGACAUAUAUAAUGAUUGUACAGAUAAUAUUAAACAAAACACAUUGAGGAAUGUCUUUCCUGUUUAUCCAAAACCUGUUAAUAAGAAGCCAAGUCACAUAGAAAAUUCUAUAGAGAUGCAAAAAGGGCUUGAUAAUCCAAAUGGAACUAUGACACUGAAAGAUAGAUUUACAACAGGAUUUCUUUUACCUUCUCAGAGGUUUAAUAAAUCAAAACCAAAUGUUACAAUAGACAAAUCAAAGAAUGGUACUAUACUGCCAAAAACAACAGAACAAAUUAUGUACAAGCAAACACAAAAUAUAAAUGUGCAAUCACAUAGUGAUGAUGAACAAAUAUUUCCUGAAAAAUCUGUUAGGGCGAAUGGAAAUUCAAAUUUAGACUUACAAAAGAAAAGGCUGAUGGAUGAGGAAGAAAGUAUUUCAGAAAGAAAAAGGAGUAAAAUUGAUAAUAAUUUUGUACAAUCUGAUAAACGAAAUGAUAACCAGCAUUCCGAUUUUGAUGAUAAUGAUUUUAUGUUUAAGAAACCAUCUAUGCCGGUCCGUAAAUCAAAUAAGACCCAAAAGCAUAAUGUUACUGAAGUACUUAUUUCUAAAUCAUCACAACAACUUACUCAGAAAAUGAACCAAGACUCUGACAGCCAUACCAAAAAUUUACAAGAUUUAGAUUCAGAUAAUAACAACCAAACAGUAAUUUCUCAAAACAGCAGCGAUGUUUCAAUGAAACCCAGCUUUAUAAAACGGAAACUUUUCACACAAAAAUUAGACCUCCUUGAGAAUAAAAACCUAAAUAGCGAUUUAGCUGCACCAAGUCCUCAGACGAAAUCAAAUGUAUGUAAAGAGAAGAAUAAAACAAGGAAAUUAGUAACAUCCCAAUCGUGUCUCAGUAGAGAUGUUGUAGAUGAUGAAAAUAAUGUUUUGGAUCUGAUACACAAAAUUGUACCAGCCGAUCAAAUGAAUUUAACUACUGCAAGUAAUAAGAGGACGAAUAAAAGUAACAAAGUACCAGAUGAUAAUUGGGAUGUGGCCUCUGUUGUGUCUCAAUGUAACAGUGCUGAUGGUAGCGAUACAUAUACAGAUGAAGAAAUAUUCAAUUUACAUAAUACUAUUAAGAAGAAAGGUGAUACCAAGAAAAAACAAGAAACUAAAGCUAUCAAAACUGCAAUAGGAGAUUGUAAGGUUGUUCUGCAAAAUGUAAUAAAGCCUAAUGCUUGUAAGCAUAAUGUUAAUGGUACAACAGAAUCAUCAUCUACUAAUAUAAAAACUAUAAAUAAAGGGGCAGUGUUGAAUUCAGUUAAAUCAUUUUGGGAAACUGAUAUGGAGAGUGACAUAGAGAGUCACAGUACACCAGCCUGGAAACAAAAAACUACCAUCAAUCAAGUGAAAGAACCAUUGAAAGAAACACCCAAUGUAACUAUCUUGCAACCUGAAAAGAGAAAAGCUAAGGGUAGCAUGAUAACAGUAAGAGGCUUAAAAAAUAAAAUAAACAAUAAAACAAUACUAAAUGAGGUAAAGAAACCUUCAGCUAGCCCCCAAAAAGUAGAUAUGCCUAAAGAAAUGGAACCUGCAAAACCUAAGGCUGCAACAAAUAAAAAGACAGCAACACAAACAAAAAAAGCUACAACAAAACCCAAUGAAAGUGUUCUUAAUACAAGAUCUACACGUAACUCAAAGAAGCUUCAAGAUUGUUUCUGUAGUGAUGAUGUAUCAAAUGACAGUAAUACCCAAACGAAAAAAAUGAAACAAAAAAAUACAGCUAAACCAACAAAGACUGUCAAACCAAAAGCAAACAAAAAAUGCACUCCAAAAGACACCAAAUGUGUGCCAAAAACAACUAUACAAACAAGAAGAAGCAAAGAAUUACAAUCAGUCUUAAAUACCACGCAUGAUUCGGGCAGUAGUAUUAACAUUUCUGGUAGAAGUUUAAGAUCAAUGAAAAGGCUAGAAAAUUCGAAAGAAAAUAUUGAACCAAUAAUAACGAGAAGUUGGAGUAAAAACAUUGAUGAUGAACAAAUAUUUCCUGAAAAAUCUGUUAGGGCGAAUGGAAAUUCAAAUUUAGACUUACAAAAGAAAAGGCUGCUGGAUGAGGAAGAAAGUAUUUCAGAAAGAAAAAGGAGUAAAAUUGAUAAUAAUUUUGUACAAUCUGAUAAACGAAAUGAUAACCAGCAUUCCGAUUUUGAUGAUAAUGAUUUUAUGUUUAAGAAACCAUCUAUGCCGGUCCGUAAAUCAAAUAAGACCCAAAAGCAUAAUGUUACUGAAGUACUUAUUUCUAAAUCAUCACAACAACUUACUCAGAAAAUGAACCAAGACUCUGACAGCCAUACCAAAAAUUUACAAGAUUUAGAUUCAGAUAAUAACAACCAAACAGUAAUUUCUCAAAACAGCAGCGAUGUUUCAAUGAAACCCAGCUUUAUAAAACGGAAACUUUUCACACAAAAAUUAGACCUCCUUGAGAAUAAAAACCUAAAUAGCGAUUUAGCUGCACCAAGUCCUCAGACGAAAUCAAAUGUAUGUAAAGAGAAGAAUAAAACAAGGAAAUUAGUAACAUCCCAAUCGUGUCUCAGUAGAGAUGUUGUAGAUGAUGAAAAUAAUGUUUUGGAUCUGAUACACAAAAUUGUACCAGCCGAUCAAAUGAAUUUAACUACUGCAAGUAAUAAGAGGACGAAUAAAAGUAACAAAGUACCAGAUGAUAAUUGGGAUGUGGCCUCUGUUGUGUCUCAAUGUAACAGUGCUGAUGGUAGCGAUACAUAUACAGAUGAAGAAAUAUUCAAUUUACAUAAUACUAUUAAGAAGAAAGGUGAUACCAAGAAAAAACAAGAAACUAAAGCUAUCAAAACUGCAAUAGGAGAUUGUAAGGUUGUUCUGCAAAAUGUAAUAAAGCCUAAUGCUUGUAAGCAUAACGUUAAUGGUACAACAGAAUCAUCAUCUACUAAUAUAAAAACUAUAAAUAAAGGGGCAGUGUUGAAUUCAGUUAAAUCAUUUUGGGAAACUGAUAUGGAGAGUGACAUAGAUAGUCACAGUACACCAGCCUGGAAACAAAAAACAACCAUCAAUCAAGUGAAAGAACCAUUGAAAGAAACACCUAAUGUAACUAUCUUGCAACCUGAAAAGAGAAAAGCUAAGGGUAGCAUGAUAACAGUAAGAGGCUUAAAAAAUAAAAUAAACAAUAAAACAAUACUAAAUGAGGUAAAGAAACCUUCAGCUAGCCCCCAAAAAGUAGAUAUGCCUAAAGAAAUGGAGCCUGCAAAACCUAAGGCUGCAACAAAUAAAAAGACAGCAAGACAAACAAAAAAAGCUACAACAAAACCCAAUGAAAGUGUUCUUAAUACAAGAUCUACACACUUACAAAAGAAAAGGCUGCUGGAUGAGGAAGAAAGUAUUUCAGAAAGAAAAAGGAGUAAAAUUGAUAAUAAUUUUGUACAAUCUGAUAAACGAAAUGAUAACCAGCAUUCCGAUUUUGAUGAUAAUGAUUUUAUGUUUAAGAAACCAUCUAUGCCGGUCCGUAAAUCAAAUAAGACCCAAAAGCAUAAUGUUACUGAAGUACUUAUUUCUAAAUCAUCACAACAACUUACUCAGAAAAUGAACCAAGACUCUGACAGCCAUACCAAAAAUUUACAAGAUUUAGAUUCAGAUAAUAACAACCAAACAGUAAUUUCUCAAAACAGCAGCGAUGUUUCAAUGAAACCCAGCUUUAUAAAACGGAAACUUUUCACACAAAAAUUAGACCUCCUUGAGAAUAAAAACCUAAAUAGCGAUUUAGCUGCACCAAGUCCUCAGACGAAAUCAAAUGUAUGUAAAGAGAAGAAUAAAACAAGGAAAUUAGUAACAUCCCAAUCGUGUCUCAGUAGAGAUGUUGUAGAUGAUGAAAAUAAUGUUUUGGAUCUGAUACACAAAAUUGUACCAGCCGAUCAAAUGAAUUUAACUACUGCAAGUAAUAAGAGGACGAAUAAAAGUAACAAAGUACCAGAUGAUAAUUGGGAUGUGGCCUCUGUUGUGUCUCAAUGUAACAGUGCUGAUGGUAGCGAUACAUAUACAGAUGAAGAAAUAUUCAAUGUACAUAAUACUAUUAAGAAGAAAGGUGAUACCAAGAAAAAACAAGAAACUAAAGCUAUCAAAACUGCAAUAGGAGAUUGUAAGGUUGUUCUGCAAAAUGUAAUAAAGCCUAAUGCUUGUAAGCAUAACGUUAAUGGUACAACAGAAUCAUCAUCUACUAAUAUAAAAAGUGAGUAA